CAGUUCUCCUUGUUGCUGCUGUUUUGAAUCUACAAGCUGCGGAAUUGGAAGACGUUAAAUAGAGUUGAACUGUAAAUAAACAGAUAUUUUGCAGCCUGGCAAAAUGGCUGAUGGUCUGAACUGCGAUUUGAAAGCUCUGAGUCCGCUUCAGCUGUUUGAAAGAGUGACUGAACAAGGAGAGAAAGUCAGAGCGCUGAAAGCAGGAAAAGCACCAAAGGAUGAAAUUGAUGCAGCAGUGAGGAUGUUGUUAUCAUUAAAACUGUCGUAUAAAACAACAACAGGGCAAGAUUACCAGGCAGGCUUGCCUCCAAAAGACCUUGUAUUAAUAAACAACGGUACGGCUAAAGAAGAGGAUGAGGAUUUUGUGGACCCCUGGAACGUGCAGACAUCAAAUGCCAAAGGCGUGGAUUAUGACAAACUCAUAGUUCGGUUUGGCAGCAGUAAAAUUGACACAGAUCUGAUCAAUCGAAUAGAAAGAGCUACUGGGCAAAAACCUCACCGCUUUCUACGUAGAGGGAUCUUUUUUUCUCACAGAGAUAUGGACCAAAUCCUUGAUGCUUAUGAAAAUAAGAAGUCCUUUUACCUUUAUACAGGCAGAGGGCCGUCCUCUCAGGCAAUGCAUGUUGGUCAUCUUAUCCCAUUUAUAUUCACAAAGUGGCUGCAAGAAGUAUUUGAUGUUCCCUUAGUUAUACAGUUAACUGAUGAUGAGAAAUACCUUUGGAAGGACCUGACGACUGAGAAGGCAUAUGAAUAUGCUAGGGAAAAUGCAAAAGACAUCAUUGCAUGUGGCUUUGAUGUCAAUAAAACCUUUAUAUUUUCUGAUUUAGACUAUUUGGGGACAAGUAGUGGAUUCUACAGAAACAUUGUCAAAGUUCAGAAGCAUGUGACAUUUAACCAAGUGAAAGGAAUCUUUGGCUUUACAGACAGCGAUUGCAUUGGAAAGAUCAGCUUUCCUGCUAUUCAAGCUGCUCCAUCCUUCAGUUCAUCAUUUCCACAGAUCUUCAAUGGCAAGGAGAACAUUCAGUGUCUUAUCCCAUGUGCAAUCGAUCAGGAUCCUUAUUUUAGAAUGACCCGAGAUGUAGCACCUAGAAUUGGACAGCCGAAACCAGCCUUACUGCACUCCGUCUUCUUCCCAGCUCUGCAAGGAGCACAGACAAAGAUGAGUGCGAGUGACCCGAACUCCUCCAUCUUCCUCACUGAUACACCCAAACAGAUCAAGACAAAGAUUAACAAGCAUGCCUUCUCGGGAGGCAGAGAUACCAUCGAGGAGCACAGGAAGUACGGGGGUAACUGUGACGUUGACGUCUCAUUUAUGUACCUGACUUUCUUCCUAGAAGAUGACGACCGGCUUGAACAACUGAAGCAG